AGCACAGCGAGAUCGAGCAAGCAGAGGAGGAAAUGGAAGUGGCGGCGCGCCGGCCUCGCGUGCUCGCCGAGAUCGACCCGCACAGCGAAUGGGUGCGCGGGCCCGAGUUCGACACGCUCGUCGUCGACGUCACAGGGUUCGGCAAGGACCACCUGAAGGUGCAGGUGGAGCCGUCGGGGAGCCUCAAGGUCAGCGGCGAGCGCGCCGUCGAUGGGGGCGGCCGGCAGUGGUGCCACUUCACCAAGCGGUUCGACCUCCCCGCCGCCUGCGACGCGGCGGAGAUCAAGGUCCAGCUCGACAAGGGCAUGCUCUACGUCCAGGUGCCGCGCCCCGGUGGCGCUGGUGGGAGCGGCGAGCUCCAUCCGGAGGCGGAGAUGUACGAGGACCCGCUGCAAGGAGAAGCCGAGAUCGGCGGCGGCGACGGCGGCUGGAACAUCGACCGCGCCACCACGCGGCGGGAGGAGCAGCACCCGGUGCUGCGGCUCGCCAGGGGCCUCAGCAGGCACCGGCAGGUGGUCCUGAACGUCGUGCUCGCCGUCGUGCUCUUCUGGCUCGUCGCCUUCGCCAAGAACCAGCCCGCCGGCGGCCAAGCCAGGAGCGACUGAGGCGCGGGAUCAGGAACCGUGUUUCUGUACAGUGACAACAUGGAAGCGAGCAAUAAAACACCUCUGCAAAUAAGCAAGAUCGGGGUGUGGCUCAGUGUGCAUCAUCAGCAUUAGUCAGUACUUGCAGUCAGUCAUCACAAAGAUGCAUGCCGCCCCACAGGAACCAAAAGCAGUGUAUGAGAUACUGAUGUGUGUGCAUACAUUCAGAUCGUUAAUUGCUGUUUACGAAAGGAAUCCAUGGUUUUACUUUAGGCUGCAAUCAAUCAUGCAUACACAUCCAAAAGCGUGUCUGACCCCUCCUUGUAUCUUCUUUUAUGAUAUGGAAAUAAGGGGAACUGAAAUAUGCAGGAU